AUGGGCUUUAUGCGCCCUGGCACCCUUUUCAUCACGGGAGCACCCGCACAAUUGGCAGUGCUUAAAGAUGCAUGGGCUCGACGCAUCUUGAAACCGGCAAUUGGCUAUACAAUCACAUCGUUGGGCGAUCUCGGUGCAAUUCAACAAGUUGAGCAGAUGCACUUUGUUCCUCUGGGAGACGUAAUCUGUGACGCGGUCGCACAAUUGAACAGAGGAGGUUUGGCGGCGACAGAGCAAUCCAUUCGACAGCACGUGGCUCGCCACUGUCCGCAUGUAGCACCACCCGGAAUUGAAAUGGUACGCCAGACGAUCGCCUCUCUCCUAGCCACCGGAUUCGUCUAUAAAAUGGCCGACCAUUACUUUGUUUCGGUGCCCACGAACUCUCCAGUUCGUCUGGAAACCAAACCAAAAGCCCAGAAGAACACCGUCGAGUGCCAAACCGGAAUGUCUAUGAUGGUAGCAAAAGAGUCGUCGACGUCUUCAGAUGACAAUUUGAAAAAGUCCAACAACAACAACAACAACAACAACAGAAGAAGCAUCUUUGCUCGUUUGUUCUCGCGUGGAAUCAAAUCUUCUCAGCAAAUCAUGCCAUCAGCUUCUCCAGUCAUCGUUGCCAAGUCUUCCUACCCUGCGCCAACCUCCCCUCCUGGUGUUCUGUUGCCUGCCAAGAACAAGUACCCGACUUAUCAUCACGAUCUCAAUGAGGAAUGUCAACGGAAGGCACCACAACCAAAAGAGUCCCGGAAGUCACGCCGUUAUCGUCGUGAGACCCAAAAACACAUCUCAUCCAGUUCGGAGUGUCUCAAGUACUAUCCAGUCGAUAUGCCACAGGAGGAAGUACAAAAGAGCCGUCCGACUAGAAGACGUACUCGUAUGGCAUCUCCACUCAGAAGUUCCACACCGAACGAAUCUGAUUCUGCCUACUCCGUGUCUCCACCACAUACUGAUUCCAAUGAAGAUGCCGCCAGCAUGAGUGAUUCGGAGAUCAACCACACCUACAUUAACAUCAACAAAUAUCGAAGACAGACCUAUGAUUCGACCCAGUUUGAAGAUUUGACAGGGACCACUACUGCUGAAGAACCACAGAUUCUGACUGGACAAAUGCGAGGAGUCUUAAUUUCUAAUCUUUAG